GGGGCUCAUAAUAUUUUUAAAUUUUCAACGGUUAAUUUAUCCUAGACACAUCAAAAUUUCGCUCAUGGAUUUGGGUCAAAUAGUUUGUGUAAACUUCACGGAAGUUUAAUGUUUUUUUGACACCGUGUUUUUCUCGUUGAUAUUUUGAUACCAUUUUCCACGUUUUUCACUGCUCAGGGCUAGAGAAUAUUUACUCAACGCUUCCUAAGCAAUCAAUAAAGUGCCAAAAGGGUGUUUCCCAGGUGUUCUUGCAAAAAUUUCAGUGAUUUGGAGUGAAAAAAAGUGGGGUUAGGGUGAAGAUUCUCGCAGAGUCACGUCCAGGAGUUACUGAGAGAAACUGUUUAGUGUGAGAGGAGUCUGGUGGGGCAACCCGCAGCAGAAUUCCACAGAAUUGCAGCCACGCAAUAGUUGGACUUUAUGCAAUUGAAAGAGUCUCAAAGUGGAAGUGGUCGAACCGCCUGACCGAGAAUCAGACGAUUCAGUUUGUCGUGAAGUGUCGCAGUGUCCGGACGUGAGAUAGAGUAGCUCAGUGGAUUGAUCUGUACACCAGCAGUGUCCACCCGUGAAAGUUUCUCCCCAAGCUAAAGCAGAGAUUUUCUCUCAACUUCAAGACACCCAACAACAACCAAUUCUAAAAUGACUCGAUCAAUUGGUAUUUUCCUGGGAAUAUUCCUCAUGAUAUCUGCAACAAUGGGACAAAAUGUUGAUCUCAAUGAUCUCAAAUCGCAACUUCCCGAGGGCAUUUUGCCCGAGGGUUUGGGGAAUUUUACUCCUCCCGUUGAGGAUUUUAAGAAGUUGUUUAAGGACAAGUGCAACAUGGUUUCGGGGAGUGAUGCUGCCUUUGAAGCCAUUGGGGAGGCUACAACAGAACUGAUGGACUGUCUUACGACGCUUUUUAACUUUUCCACUUUGCAAGAGGAAAUUGAGAAGGCACAACCGAAUGGAGAGCUCGAUACGGUGUUCAAUAAAUACUGCAGAAAGCGUCAUGAUGCAACGGAAUGCCUAACAAAUUUCACGAAACUCUUGGAACCUUGCCUGACUCCAGAGGAAAUUUCCCACAAGGAAGUCUACACCAACAUCAGCAAGAGUCUUCUGGGCUUCAUCUGUCACAAGGAUGGUGAUCAGAUUGCAUUGUUUAUCGCAGAAAAGGGCCCAGAAUGCUUCCAGGAGCGCAAAGAUGGCCUUAUUGACUGCUUCAAUAAAACCUUCCCCAAAGUUUUUGACCAAGUUAAAGCAACUGAUAAAGUUCCAUCUCUCGAAGACCUGCCAAAGUUUGUCUUUGGCGUUGAUCAAUGCCACGACAUGGAGAGGCUUCAGGUUUGCGUUGUGGAGGAAUUGGAAAAGUGCGAAGAAUCAACUCCAGCUAAUUUAAUGGAUUCUGGCUUCAAGUUUAUCCGCAAUAACACACCAUGCACCAACGUUUCCUCAAUAAUUAAAAGGGGACCCAACAGCGCGGACAGCGCUAGAGCUUCUAUGGCCAUGCUGAGCAUGACUGCGAUGGCAACUGUGGCCAGAUAUCUGCUAUGAAUUUGAGAAUAUGGAGAUUUCGCAUAUUGACUGUGAUCCUCAUGAGCAGAAAAAAAAACAACAAACUAUACCAGAGACAAAAGAAAUUGUAGGAUGAAAGUGCUAGCAGUUCAGUAGAAGUUUCCCUCACCUUCAAAUCACCUUCAUCGCUUUUUUUUAGUAGACAAUUCAAGUUAAGAGGAAUUUAUGUCUAAUUACAUUAAUUGGCAAUUUAUUGGGGUGAAGAUCAUAGGUUUUUUUUUUUGAAUUAGAAUUGUAAAGUGGAAAAAGGAAGAAGAUGUACAAUUUAUUGAACUCUUUAAUUUUGGUUCAAUGUUUCACGAUUCUUAUAAAUCUGUGUACAUAAUUAUUAAGUAAAAUGGUGUUCCUCAAUUUUUUUUUUCCUGUGGAGAUUUCAAAAGAGAUUCUUCUUGGAUGUUGUAUCUUUAUUUCUUGGCAUCAAGUAAAAAAGAAAGAAAAAUACCAAUAAAUGUGUAAUUUAUAUGCGAAA